ACUUGCCCGUCUCCUCUGUUACUUUUCAGCUGCCUUGUGAUACGGAGGGAAUUAGUUGAAAAGCUUCGCGGAAGUCAAAAUCUAUUUUUUGGGCAAAACUGGGCGAUUGUAUUUAACUGUGCUGGUGGUUUAGGACGCUCCAUAGUCAGAUAAGCAAUACUUGAUGGGUAACCGGGAAGUGGCGGGUGUUUACAUAAUGGCAAAAGAUAAGAGGAAAAGCCUAGGUAAACAUGAAGGGAAAGUGGAACAGACAGAGAGCAAAUCAGAAGCUGCUCCAGUGAAAAAGCGGAAAGUGGAUGCUGAGGUUCCCGGGGGAUCUGACUCUGCGGUAUCUCAGGAAGAAGCUAGCGACAGUCUGGAAACAGAAGGACUCACUCCAGAAGAGUGCAGAGUACUAGAGAGAAAAUUGAAGAAAGAACGUAAGAAGGAAGAAAAGAGGUUGAAAAAAGAGAGUGAUAUGCAGGAGAAGAAAGAGGAACCUCCAAAACCCUCAGGAUGUGAACUGGCACUACAAUACCUAAAAAGCUGGUCGAAAAAACAUGAAGAAUGGAAGUUUCAAAAAACCAGGCAAACAUGGCUCCUUCUGCACAUGUAUGAUCCAGAAAAGGUACCCGACAAAUACUUCAAGAUCCUUUUAGACUACAUAGCAGGGCUGCAAGGCAGGGCACGGGACACCACAGUGCAGAAAGCCGAGGCCUUAAUGAAGCAGUAUGACAGCUCCGAUGACACAAAGGAGGAAGAUCAUGUUGCAAAGAUGGCCAGGAUCAGAGACGUCCUGCAGAUCUUAUCAUAGGAUUCCAUACAGUACAUUGCACAGCAGAAACGGACUAUAGGCUUGGAGCGGGCGUAUCUGUGUUUAACUAAGGCAGAUGAUAGAAUUUAAAGCCUAUACUGUAUAUAUGUUAUGCAGAAAGAGAUUUCCCCCCAGAAAGUGAGCAAUAAAGGUUUAGACAAUGCUUACUUACCCUUCUGUAUGUGGAUUACAUCUACCUGCUGGCAAAGGCACAUAAUACACAUUUUAGGUGAUAUGUAUUAUAUGGAACCCAGUAUCCAAAAUACUCCAAAUACUGGCAAUGUCAUCAGCCAGUACAUAUUGUACAGGUAUGGGACCUGUUAUCCAGAAUGCUCGGGACCUGGGGCAUUCCGGAUAACUGAUCUUUCUGUAAUUUGGAUCUUCAUAACUUAAGUCUACUAGAAAAUCAUUUAAACAUUAAUUAAACCCAAUAGGCUGGUUUUGCCUCCAAUAAAGAUUAAUUAUAUCUUAGUUGGGAUCAAGUACAAGCUACUGUUUUAUUAUUACACAGAAAAAGGAAAUCAUUUUUUAAAAUUUGGAUUAUUUGGAUAAAAUGGAGUCUACAGGAGACCCCCUUUGCCUAAUUUGGAGCUUUCUGGAUAACGGGUUUCCGGAUAACGGAUCCUAUACCUGUAUAAACAAUCAUGUCUAUAUUCCUCUGUAAUAAUUACACAGUGCAUUAACUAAUGCUAAUUAACCCAGAACACACUGAUACUCUAUAACAACCCCUCUUCCAGAAACAGCAAGUCCCAGGCACCGCAGAUAAUAGAUCCCAUACCUGGACCUCAAUGAUCACGGGUUCAGCAUGCAGUUUAGUGCUUAGAGUUAUAUUGAUAGAUCAGCACCAAAUGUCUAAAUGAUACAAUAAUUUGAGGGUGGCACCAACAAGGCAAAAAUUCUUACAGAUUUUUUUCUUGCUGCAUUUUGUGCAAGAUGCUUCUUCCCUUUUCUUUUUUUUUUAAUUCUUUGGUAUUUAUCAUGUUUCACUUGAAGUUUGUGUAAUAACAUUUUUAUUGAAUUGUAUCAAAACCGCUGUAUUUUCAAAGUAAGAUCUUAAAAAUACAAGUAUGGGACCUGUUAUACAGAAUGCUCAGGACCUGGGGUUUUCCGGAUAACUGAUCUUUCUGUAUUUGGAUCUUCAUAACUUAAAGUGAUACUGACACUUAAAAACUACUUUUUAAAAUAUGAAUGUACAUUAAAAGUUACUUAUAGAUCAUGUCGAUCAUUUUUUGCGGAGAGAUUUGUUUUUGUAAGUAAUUGUUAAUUAAAGUUUCUAAACCUGA